ACCAGUCUCACUGCUGCGCCUCCAGCAACACACUUUCCCAUAUACCGAGUUUGUAGCUUGUGUCGCAAACAUGGCUGCUGUUGCACCCUUCAAUCCCCGACCACUCCUCCAGAGCUUGGUCGACAAAGACAUCGUUGUCCGAUUAAAGUGGGGCGAAACCGAGUACAAGGGCAGACUCAUCUCCGUCGACCUCUACAUGAACAUCCAGCUGUCCAACACGGAGGAAUUCGUCAACGGAGUUAGCUCAGGAACGCUCGGACAAGUGCUCAUCCGCUGCAACAAUGUGCUCUGGAUCGGCAAGGCCGAAGAGGUGGAACCCAAGGCCACCAAAGACACGGCCAUGAGUGGUUGAGCGAGGGAAAGGACAGCAUGCGCGAGCCCAAAAGGACCGCAACCAGAGCUAUGAUGCUCUCGCUCUGAGUACGUUGGAAGCUCCCGGUGCGACUAUGGGGAAUUAAGCACGCUGCAAGACAAGCCGUGCGCUACACACUCCAUUGCAGCGCAAGAGACAACCAAGCCACGACGCGUAGGCAUGGAUUUGGUGCGAGUCAGGAUACCCUAGCUUCGGAUAUGAAGCUUCAAAAAAUGCUACCAUUGCCACACCCACUAGAGGUUAUUCUAUCUCCUCGA